CGGUCUGCCGAUGAGAAAAUGCGUCAUCCAGCAUUCAGGGCCGAAAACUUGUUCGGAAAAGCAUAAUAAUAUAAGGUCGGGGGACCAUAUAGGCUUCAUUCUCGGCUAGAGUCACGUCUUCUCCCAUGGGCCUGUACGAUCAGACUCUCGGCACUCUCCUAGUGGGGAUUUUCUUCAACACCUACUUGUAUGGAAUCGUCUCGUAUCAAUUCGCUGCAUAUUACCAAGCCAAAUUUAACGACCGACUUCCCGUGAAAUGCAUGGUGUGGUUCUUAUUCUUCCUUGACACAUUCCACAGCAUAGCGGCAAUCUAUAUGGCUUGGGUAUAUAUGGUUACGAAUUACGCAAAUCCAACCGCCUUGCAGUAUGCUGUAUGGCCAUAUCCCUUCACACCCAUUGGCACUGCAGUUGCCGCAUUUGUAACACACAUGUUCCUUAACGACCGAAUAUACCGCCUUACCGACAACAAAGUGCUUUAUGGUAUCAUUACCAUGAUGGCUCUCCCCACGUUUGCUCUGGGCAUUGCUUGCGGUGUCAAAGCAUGGAUCAUCUUCGUGAUCGCUGAUAUGCCACUUAUCAGUGGCCUCGCGACGGCCUGGCUUUCAAUGCAAGUGAUUGUAGACACUUUCAUAACCAGCACACUGUCCAUUGUCCUCUGGCGUGCAAAGACAGGUUGUGCGGCGACAGACACCCUUCUCAGGCGUUUGAUACGGGGAGCUAUCCAGACCGGCUUGUUUGCAAGUAUAUUUUCCUUGGGCGACUUAAUCACUUUCCUCGCCCUUCCAACCACGAAUUUCUAUGGCAUGUUUGCAAUCCCGAUUGCUCGAAUUUACUCAAACACCCUACUGGACACGCUUCUGGUGCGUCGGAACCUCAAAUCGCAGAUGACGAGUAGUGCAUUCGAGAGGACAUCGCGGGCGAUGGGCUGGAUGCCGGGGGAAUCGGCGAUUCCAAGCCCUGCGGCAACUAGCAUUUACUUUGGCGUCCACCGGAGCUUGCAAGACAACUCAGAAGCUGCCUCACUUGAUGGUGAGCGGAAGAAUGUCCUUGGCUUGGACCCAGUAUGAAAUGUGCGUGACGAGGCAAAGAUAUGCGCGAGAAGGAAACAGAUACCCGGCUUUGGCGAACUACGUGGAAACUCUCAAAGUCGCAUACCAUAGAGCUCCGCGAACUUGUUAUGAUGAUUCGUACUUGGCUCCCAAAA